AUGGUCGGGGGAGAGCGUGCCGACGAGCACGUCGUCGGCGGCUUCUUAGAUGACCUCUGCUGCCUCGUGUCGCGCUACUUGGCCUUGUCGUGCGGCACGCGUGCCGGCUUGCCUCCCGCCCCGCCGCUGGCGGGGCAGCUGGGCGCGGCGGAGUCCAUGCUUCGCCUGAUGGAUGCGGCGAGGCCGCAGCUGGACGCCGGGGAGGAGGGAAACGAUUUCCCCACGCAGAGCGCCGUGUUUCUGCUGCGCCUGCGCUCACUGCUAGAGAGGCAGCUGAAGGAAGAUCGGCAGCCACAGAGCACCCCUUCUCGUUUGGCGACGACCGCCGCUGCGGUGGGUGAAGGCCCCGCAGGAAAAGGGUCACAGUGCCUCAACUGCGCCGCGGAUGCCCCGCGCCGACGCGUCCUGCGACACAUGCUCCGGAUCCCCAACACCGUGGACUGGGAUCGCGGCGGGGUGGGCGCCUUAACGCGAAGGAUGACCACCGCAGAGGCCGAGUGCCAGACGGAGUUCUUGGACACGCUCUCCGUGGGGCAGCCGCAUGCUUCACUGCAGCAGGCUACAGCAGCUGCUCUUCCUGGAGGGCGCGUGCCAGCGCUGAGCGACGCGCACGGUCGCCUGGCAUUGCUGCUGCAGCAUCACACCGUACACAGCAUCCUUGCCCUGGGCGCUGCCCUCACUGAGGCGAAUAGUGACCCUACGCCGCUGAAGGAGUGCGAUCGCCUCAUUCAAACACGCUACGUAGAUGGCAUUAGAGAAGAACUUAAGAGAGAGCGAGAGAGGCUCCACGGAAAGUCUUCAAGUGAGAUUGGAAUAAGUGAGCCUGAGCAACUUUAUUUUAGUGAGAUUGCGCAGGUGCUAGAACGUCUUGAAGCGGCCGUUCCCACAGUGGACUGCACAUCGGUUUUUUUUGAGGAAGUAGGCGAGGAAAGUGGAGGGCGCGCCUUUGCUGGGGCGGAAGACGCGGAUGACCUUGUGAGCUUCUUCGGACGGAGUGGCGCAGGCUUCGUGUCGCGGCUAGUCGCUUACAGCAUACAGAGCUUCCUGGCCGCCCUAACUAGCGCGACUGCCUCCCCGCAUCGAUGGAGCUACCUGGAGAAGGUGCUCUUCUUCACCGACACCGAGAGCCCGGUCCCAACCGUGCCAGUGGAGCUGAAUGCAACACCGUCGCGUGGCUCGGCGGACAUGGAUGUGGAGAAAACGCCCACGCAGGAGCGCUCUGAGAGUGUGCGGGCGGAGGACGUGAACGAGGAGCCGGGGACAAAAAGCACCGCUUCCGCUUGGCAGGAGGGUGAGCAGCAGCUUCAGGGGCUGGCGCGAAAGUUCCGUCCCUGUCGCGUGUACGACGAGGUCCGGUGCUCUGCAGUUCCAUUGGGCGUGAAGGGUGUGUGGUAG